AUGUCAAACUACUCAAGGAGAAAACCUGUUCCCGAUCAAGACAAUGAGGAUUCUUCUUUUCCCUUAAAAAAUAAUAAACCCGCGGCUGAUUUGAGUUUUAUGAAUCAACCUCCGAAGAUGCCUACAAAAUCUCCUUUAAGAAAUUCUAGUUCUACAGCUCCGACGAGUGGUUCAACUCAGACCACAAUAAUUCAACCUGUUAUGAGUACCAUGUCGAUAACUAGCACUGUGUCGCCUACAACUCCGACUGUUCGUUCACGUCCUUCAGUGGAUACCGCCUCGAUCGAUCGCGAUUUACUAUCCCCCGAAAAAAAAGAAUAUGAAGAAAGCAUUAGAUCUUUACAAUCAAGGAG